AUGUUGACAAACAACGAUCUGAUUGAACACUUUUACUACAAUAACAACAACCACAACGAGACGCACGACGAUGCGAUGCUUGGGCAUAGCGCGGAGGAUGCGUUCCAACAGCUGGAGCAGUUCAUGUACCAGCAGGAUUUCAAUGGCUGCAGCGGAGAUAGUCUCUCGGAUGGCACCAACAGUAGUUCCCUCGAAAUGUACUACGAUACCCCAGCAGUCCUAGAAUUGGAGCACAUGCUUAGCGCCCAGACACAACAGAAUGCAGCUUUACCCACGAGUUCACUUAACAAAUCCCAGACAAAAGCCUCCAAAUAUUGGGCAAGGGAACAGCGGACCAAGCCAUACAGCAACUCAUCAUCUUCCUACGCGUCGUCGGUCGGCUCAUCUGGAUUCGGCAAGGAUGUCCUUCGAAAACGACGCCUGGCCGCCAAUGCACGUGAACGCCGACGGAUGAACAGCCUAAACGACGCUUUUGACAAGCUGCGCGAUGUGGUACCAUCUCUGGGACACGACAGGCGGCUAUCCAAAUAUGAGACACUGCAAAUGGCUCAGGCCUACAUUGGCGAUCUGGUGACAUUACUCUCAAGGGACUAUUGAUCAUUCGACGGGAGAUGCAAGGAGGCGAAGGAUCGCCGUAUGUGUUGU